CAACACUUGUGUUUGCAGGAUGGCUUUGACAAAGCUCUUGCUGAGGCAGGUGAUAAGCUUGUAGUGGUUGAUUUUACAGCCACGUGGUGUGGGCCCUGUCAGAGCAUCGCACCUUUUUACAAAGGCCUGUCUGAUAAUUCUGUCUAUGCUGAUGUGGUCUUCCUUAAAGUGGACGUAGAUGAUGCACAGGAUGUAGCUCAGUCUUGUGAGAUCAAAUGUAUGCCAACAUUCCACUUCUACAAGAACGGGAAGAAGCUGGAUGAGUUCUCUGGGUCCAACCAGACUAAACUGGAAGAGAUGGUGAAACAACACAAAGGCUAAACCUGAUAUGAUCCUCUCAUAAAUGUUUCCUGUGCAGCCUCAGUUCCAAUUUUACAAACAAUAACUUUCCACUUAUUAAGGACUUUAAUUUUCUAGUCAUUUUAUGCCGAUUUUUAGCAGGUCAGAAUCUGCCUUACCAAAUCUAUCCAUUUCCAUAAUGAACCUUUGUAUGUUUCUCUGUGUUCACACAUAACUCUGAUUACAUGUGUUUUUUUCAAUAUCAAUAAACACAAUUAUAGAAAAAAUAA